AGGGCAGUCUGGUCUGUUCAACGUCAGAGACACAGACUCUGUCUGUGCCACGUAAAUGCCGCGCGCCUAUUAGCUCUCUCUCUCUCCUGCGCGCGGCCGAAUGCCUCGUUUGAAGUCCCUGUGAGAGUGUUUGUGUGAGCGCGCGCGCGCUCGUGUGUGCUUGCUUUUUGAGCUCCGCCGCAGGCCCGCGCUCGCCCUCCUGCGCGAGCUUUCUGACGACGCUUCAGUUUCUUUUCCUCUCUCUCUCUCUCUCUCUCUCUCUCUCUCUCUCUGUCUCUCUGUCUCUCUGUCUCUCCCUCUCUCUGUGCUCAGUGUGAGGAGCAGCGCAGCGCUGAAGCGGAGCGGACUCUACAGCGGACUCCAGCCCAGCGAACACACUUUCGGACCACUGCUUGCGCCCACCUCUGACACACGUACUUCUGCGCGCGCUGAUCGGCGUGCGUGAGAGUGUGUUUUCGUUCGGCCUGUAAGUGCGCGAGGACCCCCGGCUCGGCUCGAUUCCCCCUCCCAGCCGGCGUCCUGCUCGCUGUCAUGACCUCCAGCUAUGCCCCUGUAAUGGACAGACGACUGGAGACGGACAGCCUGCAGGCCAAGAAGAACUUCUCGGUGAGCCACCUGCUGGACCUAGAGGAGGCGGCGGACAUGGUGGGCCCUCAGGCCGAGGAGAGCGCUGGGGACGCGGGCAGGGCCAUGCUGGAGUCGCCCGGACUGACCAGCGGCAGCGACACGGCGCAGCACGACAAUGAGCAGCUGAACUCAGAGGAGAAAAAGAAGCGCAAGCAGAGGCGGAACAGGACCACGUUCAACAGCAGCCAGCUGCAGGCGCUGGAGCGAGUGUUUGAGAGGACACACUAUCCCGACGCCUUCGUUCGAGAGGACCUGGCCCGCAGGGUCAACCUCACCGAGGCCAGAGUGCAGGUUUGGUUCCAGAACCGACGGGCAAAGUUUCGCCGUAACGAGCGGGCCAUGCUGGCCAGCAAGAAUGCCUCACUGCUCAAAUCCUACUCAGGAGACGUAACAGCGGUCGAGCAGCCCAUCGUCCCCCGCCCUGCCCCCCGGCCCAACGACUACCUAUCCUGGGGCAGCGCCGCCCCAUACAGCUGGUUCCCAAGGUCGGAGGGAGGGCCAGUGCGAGUGCCACAGAAAAUGCUGCCCACAGAAAGCAACACAAUGGCAAACUACCCACCCACUUGUGCCAACACCACUUCCACCCAGGGAAUGAACAUGGCCAACAGCAUCGCAAACCUAAGACUGAAAGCCAAAGAGUACAGCCUCAACCAGGUGCCCACCGUUAACUGAGCUUAGGCAGAGCGACGAGAGGGGAGUGAGAGAGUGAAGGAGGGGAGGACGGAGGAGAAGAGAAAAGAGAAGGCCUCAACGGAGUUGGAUGACUUGGAAGGCCUCAAAAGAGCUGGAUGAAUUGGUCUGAAGCAGAGAUCCUUCUUCUGCCCUUCUGCAGAGCAAAGCUCCACUGAGAAUGGAACAGUCUCCCUGCUUCCUCCCCCCAACCCUCCUGGAAUUAUGGUUCAUUCCCCUUUUGCUCUGGCUUUUUUCGUUACCAUCUUCAUCAUUGCAGAUGAAUGUAGCUACUUUUUUUUGUUCAUAUAUCUGGACUCUGAUAUGGAGACUGCGAGGCAGUCAUAGUGUCUGGAUGAUGUCAUUUCUCCUUUCUUUGUUGUUCUUCUUUUUGUGGCUUUUAAAUUUGGCUCAACUGGAUUUGUUCUUCAAAGAAAGCCAGCGGAAGACUGUAGUUUGCUGAAUUUGAAGUAUGAAAUUACACAAGGCCUGAAUGAAAAGAUGAAAAGGUGACGUGUAGCUCUUUUGUUGGAAACUCAUUGAAAAUGAUGUGGAAAUCUACAACUCUGUUAUAUGAGAAUGAAGACCCGUGGACUGAUUGAGAACAUCUAAAAACAGCAGACCUUGGGUUCAAUGCCAACCAGGGGAAGUUUCUCAAUGCAUUUUAUUCUUGAUACUAUACCACUGACUAGUAACUGCUGGCCCAUGGUCUAUCUAACUGCUCCACAUACUAACACAAA